AUGAUUCGAUGUGGUCACCACCCUCUGGAAGCGCUCCUUCUGCUGCUGUGCAUGGAAAAAUUGCAAGGUGCUGGAGGAGAAGCAGAUGCUCAGAGCAUCACUGUGCUGGCCAUGUGGAUGAUUGAGCAUCCCUCUGCAGAGGAUGAGCGUGAUGAGUCUCAUGGCAGAGGCAGUACCACUGGUGGAGACAGGUCUGACUCCUCCUACCCUGGAGCAACAACUUCCACUGGAGACAAAUCUGCUGAGCGGAGCUCAUACUUCUGCUCUCCUGGAGAUAUUGCCAGUGCAGAUGCUGCAGAACUGGAGGAGGUCUUCAGUGAAAGUCCUGAAGGUGUGGAACAGGACAGUGCUUCAGCCUCCAGCAGCACCCCACUUAGAGGGCGCUCUGCAGCUGGGAGGAAACACCGCUUUGACUUAGCUGCUCGCACCCUUCUGGCCCGCGCUGCUGGACUGUACCGCUCAGUUCAGGCCCACCACAGCCAGUCUCGCCGAGAGGUUUCACCUCUCCAGCAGCAACAAGACCCGGGCGCCUUGUAUGAUUUCAAUCUGGAUGAAGAGCUGGAGAUGGACCUAGAUGAGGAGACCAUGGAAGCCAUGUUCGGCCAGGACCUUUCCAACGACACCGACAUUCUGGGAAUGUGGAUCCCGGAGCAUGUGUGUGAGACAGACGACAGAGACGAAGUGGUGGUGUGUGAGCUUUGUGAGGCCAAUGUGGCAAACUUCAACCAUCAUAUGAAGAAAAGUCACCCCGGCUGUGGGCGCAGCGCAAACCGGCAGGGUUACCGUAGCAACGGCUCCUACGUGGACGGCUGGUUUGGAGGGGAGUGUGGCAGCGGGAACCCAUAUUACUUGCUGUGUGGGGGAUGCAGAGAGAAGUACCUGGCCAUCAAAAGUAAAGCCAGAGUCCCCACCAUGGAAAGGUAUAAGGGACAGGCACCGGACCUCCUGGGAAAGCAGGACAGCGUGUAUGAAGAGGACUGGGACAUGCUGGAUGUAGAUGAAGAUGAGAAGUUGACAGGGGAAGAGGAGUUUGAACUUUUGGCUAGCCCUUUAGGUCUGAGUGAGCGCAGGAUUGUCCCUGAGCCUGUCCAGUUCCCUGACAGUGACCCACUAGGAGCCUCUGUCGCCAUGGUGACUGCCACCAACAGCAUGGAGGAGACCCUUCUACAAAUAGGCUGUCAAGCGUCAGUAGAUAAGAGCUCGUCAGGCAGGGUGACCCUUGGAGAGCAGGCCACUGCUCUGCAGAACACACACGACCGAGUGAUUGCACUCAGGAGGGUGACAGCUGCAGCACAGGUGCUGCUGGCCCGAACCAUGGUGAUGAGAGCGCUGUCCCUGCUGUCUGUCAGUGGGUCGAGCUGCAGUCUUGCAGCAGGUCUCGAGUCUCUCGGUCUGACUGACAUCAGGACUCUGGUCAGGCUCAUGUGCCUGGCUGCUGCAGGUCGGGCCGGCCUCUCUACCAGUCCCACAGUAGGCUUGGGCCAUGCUGAAAGGCCUCGCGGGGCCACCAAGGUCAGCAAACCCAUCUCCUGCCUGGCUUACCUGAGCACAGCUGUGGGCUGCCUGGCUUCUAACAGUCCCAACGCUGCCAAGCUGCUGGUGCAGCUAUGCACCCAGAAUCUGAUCUCUGCAGCCACAGGCAUGAACCUGACCACUGUGGACGACCCCAUCCAGAGAAAGUUCCUCCCCAGCUUCCUGCGCAGUGUUGCUGAAGAGAACAAACUUAUCACCUCUCCCAAUUUUGUGGUGACACAGGCUCUGGUGGCCCUGCUUGCUGAUAAGGGGGCCCGACUGAGACCUGCAUAUGACAAGGCUGACAUGGAGAAGAGAGGUGGUAAGGGUCUUCUUGAUGUGCAGCCACAUUGGGUGUCUGCGCUGGCGUGGCCUGAAGAGGAAGCAGAAUCUUUGUGGUGUGGCGAGCCCAAAGACGUGCUGCUGGUGGGCCGAAUGGAUGGAUCUCUGGGCCUUAUUGAGGUUUUAGAUACAACAAGUAUGCAUCGAAUGGAACUGGAGCACUGCUAUAGAAAAGACGUGGCAGUGAUGCACAUUGCCUGGUUCAGUGAGGACAAGCCUUUUGCAGUGGGUUAUGCAGAUGGAAAGCUGCUGAUUGGAUCCAAAGAACCCUUAGAAAAAGGAGCCAUUGUGGUCAUAGAUGCACACAAGGAGUCCAUUACCAGUAUGAAGUGGAGCUCCACUGGUCAGAUGCUGCUGACAUGUGCCAAAGAGGAGACGGUGAAGCUGUGGGCCAGUCUGGACUCGGGCUAUGGUUCUGGUUGGUGCUGUCUGCAGAGUAUUAGACAUCCCUCCCUGGUUACCGGCGCAGCUUGGUGCGGUCUGCCAGGACGCGGCGCAAAGCUCCUUAGCAUGUUCGCCAUAUGUUGUCAGAAUGGCCUGGUCUUUGUCUGGACCAUUCCUCAAGAAAUUUCCAACUUCCCAGAAUUCAGUUUGUCAGAUUCAGAACUGCGGAAACCUGAAACCAAAUCCCAACUAACGACAGCCUGA